CCAUCAUCGCCAACCCACCAAGAACAACGAACCAUUCCCAUCCCAUCUUCAUUUGACGCCGACGACAACGACCACCCCACAUUGUGCCCGUCCAUCACCACUUUGACUCUUGCCAAGAUAAUCUGAACUGGAGUAAUCUUUCUUUUCUAUCGCACAAACAACGACAGAUCAAUCAAGAUGGGCAAAAAGAAGAGAGGACACCCCGACGUCGAGGAGCUCCUUGCUCGUCCAUGGUGUUACUACUGCGAACGUGAUUUUGAGGAUCUCAAGCUCCUGAUCUCCCACCAGAAAGCCAAGCACUUCAAGUGCGACCGAUGCGGCAAGCGACUGAACACGGCUGGCGGUCUCUCCGUCCACAUGAACCAAGUGCACAAGGAAUCGCUCGAUAAGGUUGAGAACGCGCUGCCCAACCGUCAAGGGCUCGACAUUGAGAUCUUCGGCAUGGAGGGUGUCCCCGACGACAUUGUCCAGCAGCACAACCAGCGCAUCAUCACAAACUUUUACACAGCACAGGCCGAGCGCCAUGCCGCCACGGGAAACCCCCCGCCGGGACAGGCUGGUGGCCAGGGACCCGCCAAGAAGAUCAAGAUCGAAACUCCCGAGGAGCUGAAGAAGAGGUUGGCGGACCACAGGGCAAAGGUCGCGGCGAUAAAGGCGAAUGGCGGCGUGCUACCGGUGCCUGUUGUUGCGCCGAAAGCCCAGCCUGCUUCUGUGUCGCCGGUUACUGGACAGAGUCCGGCGCAAGGCGCAUCUCCUCUUCCUCCACCGCAACCAGGAUUCCCGUACCCCCCACCCGUCGGCGUCCCUGGUACCUUCCCGCCCCCAGGACAACCAGGUGUCGUCGGCGCAUAUCCUCCCGUCUACCCCCCUCCCGGCGCGACACCCACACCCCCCGGUGCGCCUGGCGGCCCGGGCUUCAAUCUUCCCGCCAGACCGACGGGCGGAGCCCUCCCGCAGAGACCCCCUUACUACAACAACUACAACGGUGGCGCCGUGCCGCCACCAGGUGCAUACCCCGGCGGAGCCUCGACUGUCGAUGAGCUGGUGUCUGGCGCGGCGAGGCAAGGAGGAGGAGCCCAGGGCGACGAGAUCGAUCAGCUUAUCCGUGCUGCGGAGCAGGGAAGCAAGCCGCCUGCCAGGGCGGGAGAGGACUCUGCUGGUGGGGAGAAGAAGGGUAAGAGUAAGGAUAAGAAUAUGCGCAUGGUAUAUGGGGAUAGCGAAGUCAGUCCGGAGGAGAAGAUGGCGCUGCUGCCGAGAUAUGCGGUUUCUGCGGCGUAGGGCCUCUCCAGGAAUAAACAGAUGGAUCUUGGCCCUCUCUCUAUUGAGAAAAAAAGAAAGCGAUGGGGCCAUUGAGAUGGUAGUUGAAUCUACCCUCGGUGUUGGUAUCACUGGUAUGUCUUGUAUUGUUCGAGGUGAACAUGGCACACGGGGGGGAUGGUGAAUGGGCGUCAAAAGGAUAUUACUGUUCUGUUAAACACUAGGUAUGUCGGUCUUAUCGAGUUGUACUUUGUC